CUGAGUUUAUCCGACCCGACUAUAAUUUAUGGACGGCCGUAGAGCGGCACUAAAGUGACUUUGAGGAUGUCCAUUUACUAACUUGGACUAAAUAGGGGUUAUAUAGCAAUAGCAGGAAUCCGAAUUAGGAUUUACAGUUGAUAGUUGGGCUCGGGAACUACAAUUAGGGUUUUCAUCACGAACAGACAUCAGCUGAAAUACCUACACACUUUUUAGUCGAAAAGAUGAAUUCUGCACCAAAAUCUUAGACUUUUCAUCUCAUAUGUGAUUGGUUUGUAAAUAAAUCGUAGUCGCUUAGUGUUUAUUCAGAUCAAGUAAUAAGUAUAUUACACUCGUGGAACUCUAUUAAUAUUUGCAGCUUGUUUUCCAGUGAAGGUUCAUCUUCUUAAAAAUUUCCACUGAUGGGGCUGAUACCACUUGUUUGUGCAGGGCAUUCUAGUCAUUGAUCACUCCCUUAAAAUAUCGGAACUCCACUCUGAUUUUAUUAGUAUUGUUUAUUUGGUGAUGUUUAAAAAAUAGAGUUUUCUGACCGCCCUGAGAAGCAAUGUUAACAUGUUUGGAAUGUCUCUGCAUCUAAAUGUAGUAUGUUGCUUCAGGACUGAUCUGUUUCAACUCCUGAACUAAUGAUAGAAAGUGAAGUAGUUGAGUGUAGUAACAAUUUCAGUUAUCUUGGAAAUCUUCUGAAUGGAAGGUGCUUGCAAAGUCACAUAUUUCUAUAUGGCAGCAUCAAAAUGGAUUAGGCAAUUAAACUUAUUCUUGGAAUGGACAGGUCAUGGUGUUCUAUGGAUAGGAUUUGUUUUAAUUUGGCUUAUUACAUUGUUAGUUGAUAAUGCACAUGGCAUUAAGUCCUAUUCAUCUUUGGAAACAAUAUGGAAUUGGAAAAAUCCUUCUAUUGAACAACAGUCUAACAUUGUAGUCAACCGAAAUAUUACAAAACCAUUCUGCUUACUUAUUGCUUUAUUAUUCGAUGCAAUAAUGGUCGGUUUAAUUAAAUUUAUAUUUCGACGUCAAAGACCUAAAGAAAAUAAUGAUUCAGAUAUGUUAUUCACUGUUAGUAUUGAUGCUUGGUCAUUCCCUUCUGGUCAUGCUAGCCGAUCAACAAUGUUAUUCUUUUUAAUUUCUCAUCUUUGGUUGUCUACAUCUACAUUAUGGUUAAUAUUAUUAUUAUUUUGGAAUUUAAUUAUAUGUUAUUCACGUUAUGCAAUGCAUCGUCAUCAUUUCAUUGAUAUUCUAGCCGGUUAUACAUUAGGUUAUAUAGAAUAUUGGUUAAUUAUACAAUUGAAUUAUGAAUAGAUGGAUCUAUUAAGCAUAUAUAUAUGUUUAAUUUGGAAACGGCAGACGAAACAAUGUUAGUGGCGAAAUGUAUGAACAUCUUAAUUCAAGUUUAUUUGUCUCUGUGUAUGUUCGUGUGUGUGUGUAUGUAUAGGUCAGUGUUUGUGCAAUUAUCCUCCCCUCUCUCUCUCUCCUUUAAAGAACAACAACAAGUACAAAUGAUUAUGCAAUCGAAUCCUUCAUAUUUUCAUAUUUUUUUAAAAAAAAUUAUACUUCUGUUUCUAUAUAUGAUUUUUUAAUUGAACCAUGUACCGAUUGUCCUUUAUGAUUAUUAAAGAUAAUAUGUAUUACUUUUAUUCUAAUGUCCCAACUUUUCCUGUGAUUUGGUCUUUCUUUUUAUCUUUUAUUUUUUAAGAAACAAAAAGGAAUUACAUUCUGGUUAAACA